AUGGCGGUGACGAGACAACAAAGUCAACGAAUUGAUCUUGAAGCACAAGAGCAGUCGGGCUUGAAGGUCGAUGCGGGCCAAGAAGAUGAAGUUAUUGACGAGUGGACAAACGAAAACAAAGGCAAGUUACGCGUAUUUGAGGAGGUUAUAGAAGAGUUAAAUAAUAAGCUUUUAGACGACGAAGGAAAACGAAAGGAAAUUGAGCGUCGGGAGAAAAUUGGACAAGAAGCGGAAGCACGAGCUCAAAUUAGAGAUGAGGAAAGAGAGAUAGAAUUGGCAAAGCGUGAAAGAGAAGAAGAGUUUGCGUUAUCUCUUGAGGAAAAGAAGCUAGAAGCUGCUGAGAAGCGGGUUAAAACGAAGUUGCCUGAGCUGCAAAUCUCGAAAUUUCAAGGAACUCAUUUAGAUUGGGUUCGGUUUUGGGGUCUAUUUGAGACCCAAAUUGAUAAAGCACCCAUGAAAGACGAAGCAAAGUUUGCAUAUUUAAAAGAGCAUCUUGUACCUAAAGUUCGAAUUACAAUUGAUCAAUUACCACUGAAUAGCGAAGGGUAUGCAAAAGUGAAAAGGAUGUUGGAGCAAAGAUAUGGUGACGCAAGCGAGGUAGUCAAUGCACAUAUUCAAGAAAUUCUGUCUUUACCUACUAUUACUGGUGUAUCAAAACAAAAGAUACACAACUUUUAUGACAGUCUUUUGGGGCAUGUUCAAGCUCUUGAAGCAUUUGGAAAAUUGGGGGAUGUUGCAGGAAAUGUAAGGAUGACGUUGGAUAAAUUAGAAGGCAUUCGAGCUGAUUUAACGAGAACCUCAUCAGAUUGGAAAAAGGACCAAUCUAAACAAUGCGUAUAUUGUGAAAGCAAAGAUCACAGAUCUGUGGAAUGUGAUAAAGUGGUGAAUGUCAGUGACCGGAAGAAAAUUGUCAGCAACAAGCACCGGUGUUUCAACUGCACUGGCGAAAAGCAUAGAGCAAGUGAUUGCAGAAGUGGGAGCCAAUGUUACAACUGCAAGAGAAGGCAUCACACUUCUAUUUGUGAUAAAUUAAACGCAAAUCAAAAACUGCUGUGUCAACCUAAUGGGAAGGAUGUAGUUUAUCCAGUUGUGGUGGUAGAGAUAGGAGGACUAAAGUGUCGAGCACUUUUAGACACUGGGUCUGGGAGUUCAUUUGCAUCAAGCACGUUGUUAAACGCAAUUGGGAAAAAGCCGAUAAGACAAGAAUUUAAAUCAAUUGAGAUGAUGCUUCAAACAACAACAAGGAAGAUUGAUGUUUAUGAGGUGGAGAUUGCAGCUGUUGAUGGCAAUUUCAAGAUGUCAUGUGAACUGAAUCGAAUCGACAAGGAUGUGCUAAUGAAAGUGCCAAAUCCGAGGUAUAAAGAACUUAUUGAAACCCAUGAACACCUUAAAGGAGUACAUAUGAAUGAUAUUGAUGAGAAAGCACUUUUACCUGUGCAUCUAAUCCUAGGUGCCAGUGAUAUGUCUACAAUCAAGACAACUGUACCUGCUAAGGUUGGGAACGAUGGGAUGCCAAUCGCUGAGAAAACUGCUUUGGGAUGGAUUAUCAUGUCACCGGGGCGAGAGAAGAACCAUUCCUACUUGAUGUUUACCAAGAGCUCCCAAGAAGACUACCUGCAUCUUUGUAGUCUGGUUGUGCUUGGAUUAGGAGACCAUGUUGAAGGAGAUCAAGGGAGCCCUGAACUGCUGAAGACUUAUCAUGAUAUAGUGGAAAAUCAACUCAAAGAUGGAGUGGUCGAGAUUGCGCCUGAGAAACCUGAAGGGAGCCGAGAGCAUUACAUUCCCCACAAACCGGUAGUACGAGAGCAAGCCGAGUCUACGAAAGUAAGAAUUGUGUUUGAUGCUUCGGCAAAAGCUGAUCAAAAAUCCCCGUCUUUGAAUGAUUGCUUGGACAUUGGUCCCCCACUCCAAAGAAGAAUCCUUGACAUACUACUUCGUAAUCGACUUAAACCUAUUCUCUUAGCUGGUGAUAUAAAACAAGCGUUCCUACAAAUAGUGAUUAGAGAGAUCGAGCGAGAUGCGAUGAGAUUUUUAUGGAUAAACAACCUACAAUGCAAAGAGAUGGUGGUGUAUCGUAUGACCAGAGCAAUGUUUGGGCUAGGCCCAAGCCCAUUCUUACUCGGAGGGACUUUGAACGUUCAUCUCGAGAAGUAUGCAGAGCACUAUCCACAAUGUGUUGAAGAAUUAUCUGAAGGAACGUAUGUUGAUGACAUAAACAUCGGAGGUGAUAAAGUAGAGGAGACGGUAGUACUCAAGGAGCAAGCCAAAGAAAUUCUCAGCGAGGGAAGCUUUGUUUUGCACAAAUGGCAUUCUAAUGCUGCGGAGUUAGAGAGUGACAACGUGGAAAACGGAGAAUCUACCUUUGCUAAAGAAAUUUUGGGAACUAAGCCAUCAAAGACCAAGCUCCUGGGACUGGGAUGGAACAAAAAGGAAGAUACUUUGUCUGUAUCACUACCAAAGUAG